AAUAUAUACCCUCACCUUCCUACUCAGGUUCCAUGCCUCACUUCUUCCCGCAUCUCUCUCUUCCUCUAUUUCUCUCUCUCACUACCUUUGUCACUUUCUCUCUCAUCGUUUAAAAGUUUCUCACUUUUGUUCUAUAUUCUCAAUUCGUUGUUUUUUGGUUUUGUUUCUCGGGUACAAUUCAUUUUCGGGUAUCAUUAGGUCAAAUAUUUCAUCAAAUUGGAAGGGAUUCAAUUAUAGAUUCUUGGGGGAAAUUUUGAUUUUUGAUUUCUGGGUUUUCAAUUUGAAGACAAAAAAUUGAUUGUGUUUCAGGGUUUUUUUUUUGGUCAAAAUUAAACUUUGAAAAUUCAACAUUUUGAAAUCUGGGUUUUGUAAUUGAGGAUAAAAAGUUUAGAAAUUUGAGAGAAUUUUUGGGUUUUAAUUGAUCUUUGGCAACUGGGUUGUUGAGAAUGCCAGCGACGGACUAUCAAGGAUCGCCUCCUUCAUCGUUAUCCCAUUUUGGCCGUUCAAUUCUAAGCUUUCGUCGUGAACAAGUUCACUCAAUGGAAGGGUCAACCUUAGAGGUUGAGCUUGAUUGUUUUCAACAACAUGUGACUGAUCGGUUUCUUGAUAUAUCUUCUGUUGUUCAAGAUGAUUUGCUUUCACUCAAAUGGGUUGGUAAGCUUCUUGAUUGUUUCCUCAUUUGUCAAGAAGAAUUCAAAGCCAUUCUUCACACACACAAAGGUCAGGUUUUGAAACCCCCUUUGGAUCGAAUGGUUUCUGAAUAUUUUGAACGAAGUGUUAAGGCUUUGGAUGUUUGUAAUGCCAUUCGUGACGGUAUCGAACAGAUUCGUCUAUGGCAGAAGCUUUUAGAGAUUGUGCUUUGUGCAUUGGGGAAUCAAAGGAGUAUUAUUAGUGAAGGUCAAUUUCGUAGAGCUAAGAAAGCUCUUAUUGAUUUGUCAAUUAGUAUGCUUGAUGAUAAUAAGGAUUCUUCCAAUGCUAAUAUUGCACAUCGAAAUCGAUCUUUUGGUAGGAACAAUGCUGGUAGAGAUAGAGAUCAAAAUCAUCAUCAUAACAACUAUCAUCAUCGGUCUUUGGGGCAUUUUAGGUCACUUUCAUGGAGUGUUUCUCGUACUUGGUCAGCUGCUAGACAGCUCCAAGCAAUUGGGAACAACAUUUGUCCACCAAGAGCUAAUGAUCUUGUUGCAACUAAUGGUCUUGCAAUGCCAAUUUACAUCAUGAAUUCGAUCUUGUUGUUUGUUAUGUGGGCUCUUGUGGCUGCCAUUCCUUGCCAAGACCGCGGGUUGCACGCUCAUUUCACCAUUCCAAGGAGUUUCACUUGGGCUAUUCCAUUGCUCUCUCUUCAUGAGAGGAUUACUGAGGAGUCCAAGAAGCGUGACAGGAAGAAUACCUGCGGCUUGCUUAGAGAGAUUCAACAGAUUGAGAAAUGUGCUAGAGUGAUGAGCGAAUUGGUUGAUUCUGUUCAAUUUCCAAUUACGGAGGAGAAGGAAGGGGAAGUUAGAGAAAGAGUUCACGAGGUUUCACAAGUUUGUGAUGCUUUGAAAGAUGGACUUGACCCUUUGGAGCGCCAAGUGAGGGAAGUUUUCCAUAGAAUCGUGCGCAGUCGAACCGAAGGGCUUGACUCUCUUGGCAGGCCAAGCAAUGCUGAGUAACUUGUGAUGGAAUUGAAAUUAUAACUUGUGAUAACAUAUAGCUUGAUUUUGUUUUCAUAGAACUAGAAGACUACAAAAGUAUCAAGGGAUUGUACAUGGAGAUUGUUGGUUUGAAUUUAGGGGGGAGAAUUCUUGUACUUCAAAACCUUGUGAAAUGUAUAGAGUUUAGGGGUUAAUAUUUUUGAAUUGGAUCCUUGUGGUCUAUGCUGUUUGCUUUUUGUUUUAUGAUGUUGCUUUGUAUAAUCAAUCUUCUCUAUAUAUAACUUGCUAUUGUAGCUGAUUUUGUUUAUGAAUAUCUAUUAGAUAAAUC